AUGGACAACACUCUUAUCUCCCAAGAAUUGGAGGCACCAUUUCCCCUCCUUUCCUUUCCGCCUGAACUUCUGGAAUAUAUCUCUGUCCACCUCGAGGAUCCCGAUCUCAUCAACAUCCGCCGAGUAUGCCGCGCACUGAACGGCCACACGGUCAAUAUCUUUGGAAAGCGUUUUUUCCGGCACCUCGCAGUCUUCUUACACCCGACUAGUCUCACAACACUCCUGAAAAUUUGUCAUCAUCCUGCUUUCGCCAAGUACGUCCAUCGGGUGACGGUGUGCGGAGAACAGUUCAAACAGCACAAGGAUCUGCAACUGAGCGUUGAGCAAUCAAGAAUGGAUCGUACAAUUCUUACCGAAGUUUUUCAGGUACUCAAGAAUCUACAGACAGUGGCAGCGUUCGCCGUACCCCAGGAAGACUUGUCCCCAAAUCGUGCAAUCACCUGCGCACUAAAGCAGCUGUUCGGCGACGAUGAUAUUCCCUUCCACUCCCACACUCGAGGCUACGAUCGCGUCUACGAGCUCGUCAUGCAGACCCUUGAAGAAGCCAAUAUCCAUGACAAGAUGGAUCUCCUCUUCGACUUCUGGGGCACAGAUACCCCAGCAGGAAUGAAGAAACCAUUCUUCGAUAUCGCCUCGCCCGCUUGGAACCAGCAUUUUGCCAACCAAGUCCGCGCCAUCAGCCUAACGGACAACGCGAAUCCAGACUGGAUAAAGCGCCUCCUGACGUCCACGCCAAAUGUGCUAGAGCUGGCUUUUUACGGAAACGGCUUCUCUCUUGACCUCCCUUCCCCAUCAGUCGGACUGCGCAACAAGGCUAAGCUACGACACCUUGAUAUCUACAACGUUUUUUUCCCGCACGACGAUUGGGUAGCUUUCCUACGUCUUCACGCAGACACAUUGGAGACGCUAUACCUCAAGCGGGUGGGCUUCAUCACCGGCAAUUGGCGCGAGUCACUGGAAGUCAUCGGCACAAUGCCGCAGAUCCAGGAUGCGUCCUUUAGCUCCUUUAUUAGCCCCAGUAUGAUACCCAGCCCUAUGACCCCGCCAACUGCGGCACCCGCUAUCGCGCCUGUUGAUAUUUUCGAGGAGUUCGGGGUCGGUGUUGGAGUUUGCGACAGCGCUGGUUUAGGAGAUGGUGACUGA